UUGUAAAUAAAAAUUUAAGUGAAAAGUCUUUUUUGUUGAAUUGGUAUAUGAAGUUUGUAGGCGUGUGAAAAUAGAAAUGCCCACUUGAAAAGGAGGGAAAAUUGUUGUGCUAUUAAUAUUUCUUGGGGAAGAACAAGCGAGAAUUUUAGAUUGUCGGAUUUUUUAGGGAGAGAUUGUAAGUGUAAUGGGGAAGCUUGGAUCACCUAAGAGUCCACAUCCUCAUCCGGCUAAUGUUGAUUUCUUGUUUGGGAUGAGAGAGUGUCCAGCGAGGUGUUCCGAGGGUCUGGCCAAUAAUGAUCAUUUUUCAGGUAGAAGGGUGUUAGGAUCAGAUUAUCAUUGGUGCAAGAAUUUUCUCUUUGGUGGUGUAUAUGGUAAUAAUAGUAUGGCAGCAAAGCAAUCAAAUUGUAAAGGAGUAUAUGGCGGGAAAAGGCAUAAUUGGUUUCACAGGCAAUUAAGGUGGUUUGGUUUUGCUAUUGGGUUGAUGGGUUUGUUCUUUUGGUUGGAUUCCCUUAUGUUUGUGGACUUCAAUUCUGCAAAUUUUCGUAAAAGUUCUGUCUUAGAAAUGAACACGUCAAAGAAGGAUGUACGAGGUAAUUCUAGCAAGGAAGAAAGUUCUCCUUUGAUGUAUGGCCGUCUUCUGAACUUGGCUUCAACAAGUCUUGCACAGCAAGAGUUUGGACGUGUGCCAAGCAAUUCGUGGAAAGAAUUAUCUUCGCGAGCAUCAGUGUGGAAACCUUGUGCAGACGUGCAAAGGCCAGAGGAUCAAGGUACAGGAAGUCCUAAAAAUAGCAAUGGAUUUAUAUUAGUCAGUGCAAAUGGUGGUCUCAAUCAACAACGAGUUGCCGUCUGCAAUGCAGUUGCAGUUGCAUCACUACUCAAUGCAAGUUUAGUUCUCCCAAGAUUUCUGUAUAGCAGUGUUUGGAAGGAUCCAAGCCAGUUUGGUGAUAUUUAUCAAGAAGAGCAUUUCAUAAACUCAUUGAAGGAUGACAUAUCCAUUACCAAGGAACUCCCUCAACAGUUGAGAUCAAUAGACCUUGAAGCAAUUGGUAGUGUAGUUACUGAUGCAGAUCUUGAUAAGGAGGCAACACCAACUGAUUAUAUGAGACUUGUACUUCCAAUCCUCCUGCAAAAUGGUGUUGUGCAUUUACUUGGCUUUGGAAACCGUUUUGGGUUUGAUCCACUGCCUCCUCACCUUCAGAAAUUGAGGUGUAAAUGCAAUUUUCAUGCUUUGAAGUUUGUGCCCAAAAUCCAACAAGUUGGAUCGUUAUUAGUAAGAAGGAUUAGGGAAUAUGACUCAUCAAGAAAUCGGAUAGACAAGGAGCUUCUUGGAAACUUUAUGCCUGACAAUGACUCAAGAAGGGAUAAUAUGAGUAAAGGUCCUUCCAAGUAUCUUGCUCUACAUCUGAGGUUUGAAGUGGAUAUGGUGGCUUAUUCCUUUUGUGAAUUUGGUGGUGGAGAAAUUGAGAGAAAAGAACUCCAAGCUUACAGAGAAACUCAUUUCCCAUUGCUCCUUCAACGACUUAAGGGGUUAAAGCCCGUGUCUCCUGAAGAAUUGAGAAUCUCUGGAAGAUGUCCCUUGACACCAGAGGAAGCAGGAAUUCUUCUUGCUGGUCUUGGUUUCGAGCGCCCUACAUACAUUUAUCUUGCUGGAUCUCAAAUUUAUGAUGGAAAGUCAAGGAUGAAGCCUUUCAGCAGCCUUUAUCCAAAUUUGGUAACCAAGGAAGAUCUUCUGGCUCCCAGUGAACUUGAGCCUUUUAGGAAUUUCUCUUCUCAGCUUGCUGCACUGGACUUCAUUGCAUGUGCAACGGCUGAUGUUUUUGCCAUGACUGACUCGGGAAGCCAACUAUCAUCAUUAGUAUCUGGGUUUCGCACUUAUUUUGGAGGUGGUCAUGCUCCUACCUUGCGGCCAAACAAGAAGAGGCUAUCAGCAAUAUUGUUGGAUAAUGACACCAUAGCAUGGAACAGUUUUCAGUAUAGGGUAACAAAAAUGAUGGAAGAAGGUCAAAGGGUUCACGUGAGACGAUUUGGACAAAGCAUAUAUCGGCAACCUAGGAGCCCCGAAUGCAUGUGCAAGGCUCACUAGUCACUAGAUUUUCACCUGAUUUUUGCUGUGAAUAAAUCAACCAUUCAACCUGAUGAAUAAGCCAAGAUAAGCAAAAUCUCUUCCACACUUUCCUUUUAUUUUCGGUGGUCAGAGGGGGAGGGGGCAGUUUUGAUUUUUAUUUUCCCCCCAACAUUUUAUACUAGAUCAUUGAUAUAAAUACACUUUAUUUUUUUUGGGUAAAUGAAUAUAAAGUUCAAGGUAAUCCUCCUUAUUCUCGUCUGGACAUAACUUCAAGAAUCAAGAGUUACUUCUUGGUGUGAAAAUGAUACUUAGGUCUUUGACUAUA